ACCGAAUCUACAAACCAUGAGCAACUCUUCCUAAACCCCCCUCCGAGUAUCUUUUUCUCUUUGAUAAAGUGUUUAUGAAUACAAAUAAAAUGAGAUAAAUUAAGCUAGGAGUUAUAUGAUGUUGUCGAUUGUCUUCUUCUACCCUCUCUUUCGGUUCUUCUCUAAUUUUUUUUUAAAACUCCACCUACAUGAUUCAUCAUCCGGGCCGUGUUUCCAUUAUCGGAGCAGGUACGCUGGGUGGCACCAUUGCCUAUAGUUUAAUGAUGGCGAAGAUAGCGCAAGAAAUCCUUCUUGUGGACCUUAGCAUUAAUAUAGUUCAAGGCCAAGUACUUGAUUUAUCCGAAGCAGCUGCCAACACAGGUGUAGUGAUUCGUGCUGGUACGUUUAAAGAAGCAGGCCAAUCGUCUGUUAUUAUUGUCACAGCCGACGCUCAAUCUCUUUCGAAUGAAUCACGAUCGGAAUGGCUAAUGCGUAGUCGACGUUUAUUUCUCAGUAUUGCUUCUUCUUUAUCACCUGUUCCCAAGGAUACCUUAAUUGUGAUUACCAGUGACCCUGUGGAUCUCUACGUGCAAUUUUUUCAAAGUUAUUUUCCGCAUGUCCCCACUGACCGUAUAUUUGGCAUUGGUACGACCAUGGCGACCGAAAGAUUUCGUACGUGGAUUGGAGAUAUGACUGAUUGUCAGGACUGUAUCACUGAUGCUUAUUGUAUUGGAACUCAAAAGACCCCCAUUGUUGUUUGGAAUCAUGCGAAAUUUAAAUCCAACUCAAUUUCAACCUUACCACUUUUGGUGGCAGAACGAGCACGCUUAGAAACCAUCGUAUCUGAGCAUCGAUCGAAUCUGAUUCGAGAGAGAAAGGGGAGGGCUUGGUAUGGUACUGCAGCUGUGAUGACUCGCUUAACCAAGGCUUUGUUGUGCCCUGAUCUACCCUCGGUGAUAUGGGUGUUGUCUGUGCAUGUACCUCGUUUGGAUAGUUGUAUCUCUUGGCCUGUUAUCCUUGGUACGACAGGUAUUCAGAGUUUAGUUCAAUUACCGUUAGAUGAAAUUGAGAGUGCCAAAGUAAUGAAAGUGGUGGAAUCCAAUAUGAUGGAUUUUCAAACGAGCAUGGGUCGAACUUAAAAAAAAGACAAAAACAACUCCCUUUUA